AGUUAAAUAUGUUGAUUUUAUAAUAAUAAUAGUCUGAAUAGGAGUGAAUACCCAUCAUACCGUUUAAAAAUAUAUACAAAAUAUUUUUUCUACGUAAUGAGUGGAGGUUUGGUGCCCAGCAAAAGUACAGUAUAUGUUUCUAAUUUACCAUUCGAUUUAAAAAAUAAUGAUCUGUACAAAUUGUUCGAAAAAUACGGACGGAUAGUGAAAGUGACUGUUUUAAAAGACCGAGAAUUAAGAAGGAGCAAAGGAGUAGCGUUUAUACUAUUUCUACAAGCGGAGGACGCUAAAAAAUGCGUCCAGGAGAUAAACUUAAAAGAAAUGUUCGGACGUACUUUAAAGGCUAGCAUUGCAAAAGAUAAUGGCAAAUCAGUGGAGUUUAUUAGAAGAAAGGAGUAUCCCAACAAAACAAGGUGUUACGAGUGUGGCGAAUUUGGUCAUUUAAGUUACAAAUGUGACAAAAAUCUGUUGGGUGAACGAGAUCCACCCCCUAAGAAAGUUAGAAAGAGGAAAAAGAAACUUACAAACACGAGUAUGUCACAGGAAGACAAGGAGUAUUUUGAUAGUACCGACGAUGAAGCCAAUAGCGAUAAAGAGGUGGUUGAGGAUUGUGAGACCUUAAGUGCGGCGAUAGCCUUAGAGCAAGAGAAAAAAGAACUGGAAAUGUAUCGAUACAAAGUUGCUACUGGAAAUUAUGAUGAGGGAGAAGAACGAGAUGAAAAACCAAGGAAAAAGAUUAAAAAAAGUGAAUAUUUUAGCGACGAAGAAGAAAGUGAAUAGUUUUUGAUAUUGUGUGUUUUAAUUUAAAAAAAAAUAUCUGUAAAUUAUU